UACGGUUUUGCGGGGCCACAGCAACCCCGGCUCCCAGCUCGCUCCUUCGCUUCCGAGCCGGCGCCCGGGGCGGAAGCCAACAACCUUUUCUGGGUGGUUCAGGUAACAGAUCUGCAUAUCAGUAAGUUUGUGAGUCCCAGUAGAACUUCUGAUUUUGAGAAGUUCUGUAAGGAAACAAUUCCCAUAAUUCAACCUGCUCUUACUUUAGUGACAGGUGACUUGACUGAUGCCAAAACAAAGGAUGGAUUUGGGUCUAAUCAGGUUGAGGUGGAGUGGCAAACUUACCAGACAAUUCUAAAAAGAUCUAAGGUCAUGGAAAAGACAAAAUGGAUAGAUAUAAAAGGAAAUCAUGAUACAUUCAACAUUCCUAGCCUGGAGAGUGUUCGUAAUUACUACAGGAAAUAUUCUGUGUGGCAGAAAGAUGGCUCCUUUCAUUACGUUCAUAGAACACCUUUUGGAAAAUAUUCUUUCACCUGUGUGGAUGCAAGUCUUGAUCCAGGUCCCAAGAUACCCUACAAUUUCUUUGGGUUAUUAAAUGCGAAUAAAAUGGCAGAGUUGUCUGAACUGAUCUCAGAAAGUCAUGAUAGUAACCAUACCAUUUUGUUUGGUCAUUUCCCUACCUCAUCAAUCAUCUCUGUAUCUCCAGGAAUACGAGCAGCCAUGCGUUUUGCCUUAGUUUAUUUGUGUGGGCAUUUCCAUACAUUGGGUGGCCUGAUGCCUGUCCUUCAUACUCGUCAUCCUGAUGGAACUUUAGAACUGGAGUUGGGAGACUGGAAGCAUACUAGGAAGUAUCGGAUUCUUGCUUUUGAUCAUGAUCUCUUCAGUUUUGCUGACCUGAAAUUUGAAGAAUGGCCUGUAAUUCUUAUCACCAAUCCUAAAUCAUACCUUUAUAGUAGCUAUGCUCACGAGCCGCUACAGAGAAUUCUUGAUGCCAGUGGUAGAAGUGCCACUCAGCUUCAUACAUUUGCUAUGCAGGAAAAUCUUUCUCUUAAAUUUGGUCUUUUGGCAUCUUGGCUUCUUCUUAAUGAUCAUUAUAUAUUGGUACGCACAAUCUUUGUGUUAAUAGUUAUAUUUCAAGUUGUUUUGCUGAUUAUUUUCCGGUUUCGAGAAAAACCUAAAUUUAAAGAACCUCCAGGGGUGGCAGUACGAGCCUCUUUUUCUCUUCAUGUCCUCAGCAAAACAGAUUUCUUUUUCUACUCGUUUUUGGUGCUAAAUCUAUAUACCGUUCUAGGACCCUGGUUUGUUGGUGAGCUUACAGAGGGUCAUAUGGGCAUCUGCUUUUCCUUUGGAUUAAUUUUUAAUGGCCAUUUCUUUGAAGGCAGCUCAACCUUCCUUAUUGGAAUUUUACAGGUGGUGUUUUUCAACCUACCAUUGAUGGCAUACACAUGUUGGUGCCUGUUGCUGCGUUGCCAAGGCCAGUGUUUUCGUUCUCAUCUAUAUUUUAUCAAACCAUAUUGGACUGUGCCCAUCCAUUUAAUCAUGUCACUUCUAUUUUUCUGGCAAGCCUUUUCCUGUUACUUCUUACUGAAGGCAUACGGAACUCUUUCUUUUUUUCUCUCUCCAUUGAGAACUUGGGUUGUUGUACUAAGCUCCUUCCUGGUUUACAGAAUUUGGGCAAUGGAAUCUAUUGUGCUGAGAACCUUUANGAACUACCAAGCUUCCUAAUGCUUCCUUUUUUUCAGGAACUUGAAGUAUACAUUCACUUAAACUGUUAAGUGGCAAAGCUGUGAACUAAUUCCGGUUUGUAUGUCUUACGUUCUGGUUGUAUAGACAAUUGAUUAUGAAGGUUCAGGAUUGCCAUGAAACCCCUUCUGUGCUGCUCUGUAA